UUUGCUGGUUUCCUGAGCUGAGUUUGGCUUCUGAUACAUACAGCAAUUUCACCUAAGAAAUGGCUUUUAAGAAAAAAGAUUUUUUGAAACAUAGCUCUUUAUUUUUUCUUACCUUUUUAGUUAUUUACCUUGUAAUGAACUCUCCAAGAAAAGGCUGCUUACAGAGUGACUGGGUGGAUAUGAAACACCUGAUCAAACACGAUGUCGGAGAACUGCAUGCUUGUUCAGCCAUUAUCCAAGGAGACAUUGAUGGAGUCAACAGAAGACACAUCAGCAAUUUGCUUGUUAGGCGGAAAAAAACUUCUCUUUUGUCUGAGAGCUUCUACCUAAAUGCCACAAAGGACUGCAAAGCUUUUGUGAGAGACCGAGGGUUUCUAACAGUUCCUCUGAGUAAGGAGGAAAGAGACUUUCCAGUUGCUUACUCCAUGGUUAUCCAUGAGAAACUUGAGGUGUUUGAGAGACUCCUGCGUGCUAUUUACUCUCCUCAGAAUGUCUACUGUGUUCAUGUGGACCAGAAGUCGCCUAAGAUCUUUACUGAGGCUGUCCGGGCUAUUGUGUCAUGUUUGCCUAAUGUGUUUGUGGCCAGUAAGUUAGAGAGUGUUGUCUAUGCCUCCUGGUCACGAGUUCAAGCAGAUAUCAACUGCAUGGAGGACCUUCUCAAAUCUACUGUUAGGUGGAGGUAUCUGCUCAACACUUGUGGGUCAGAUUUCCCCUUAAAAACCAAUGCAGAACUUGUUCGCAGUCUGAAAAUUCUCAAUGGAAAGAAUAGUUUGGAGUCAGAAGUCACAAGCUCACACAAAAAAGCCCGCUGGCAGUACCAUCAUAACAUCACAACCACUGUGAUUCGGACACAGGUUAAGAAGACACCCCCACCCAUCAGCACCCCAAUGUUCUCUGGGAAUGCAUACUUUGUUGUUACUAGAGCAUUUGUAGAACAUAUCUUUAAGAGUCCAGAGAUCCAGAACUUCAUGGAAUGGGAGAAGGACACAUACAGUCCAGAUGAGCACAUGUGGGCAACGCUACAGAGGAUGCCUUCAGUGCCUGGCUCAAACCCACCCAAUGGAAAAUAUGAUGAGUCAGACAUGCUGGCCAUUGCAAGAUUGGUCAAGUGGAGUUAUCAUGAAGGAAACAUAAAGAAUGGAGCACCCUAUCCGCCAUGCAGUGGUGCACAUCGGCAUGCAGUGUGUGUUUAUGGAGCAGGGGACCUGAACUGGAUUCUGAAGCAGAAACAUCUCUUUGCUAACAAAUUUGACCCAGGAGUGGAUGAUAUUGCUAUAAGCUGCCUGGAGGCAUUUUUACGGUACAAAACAGUUUAUGGUCAGUCUUUACUUAACAUAAAUAAAUCAAAUAUAAUUAAAUAAUACUUGUACACAUUUACAGCAUUAUACCAAUUCUGUACAUUUUUGACAUGCUGUAUAUAUGACUAAUAUUAUAUGUAGAGUUUAUUUAAGAAAAUAUUCUAUUGUUCAAAGUUCAUGAACCUUAUAACAGCAACAUCAGUAAUGCAUCAAUCUAGCUUUAACAGUUAGAAGAUUUUAACACUCAUAAAAACUUAACUUCAGAACUGUGUGUGUGUGUGUGUGUGAGAGAGAGAGAGAGAGAGAGAGAGAGAACACUCAAUCUCAUGGCAAUAGAUGAGCAAUCUAUUAGCAAGCAGUUAAUUGUGAGCCUUUCUUACAGAUCUAAAAUCCAGACUUAUAGAAUUUUACAAUGUUAAUAAUAAUUAUACUGGACUGUUAAUCAGAAGUCUACAAAAUUGUACUAGAUUAUUAAUCAUCUUCAGCAGAAUAUUACACUGUGUUAUUAUGUUACUUGUUCAUUUGGCACUAGAACUUUCUUGUCUAGAAGUUCAGCACUUUUAGGGCGGCACGGUGGUGUAGUGGUUAGCACUGCCGCCUCACAGCAAGAAGGUCCUGGGUUGCCGUCAGCGGGGGCCUUUCUGUGUGGAAUUUGCAUGUUCUCCUCAUGUCUGCAUGGGUUUCCUCUGGGUGCUCCGGUUUCCCCCACAGUUCAAAGACAUGCGGUUAGGUUAAUAUGGGACGGCCUUGGGCUGAGGUGCCCUUGAGCGAGCCACCUAACUCCCAACUGCUCCCCGGGUGCUGUAGCAUGGCUGCCCACUGCUCUGGGUCAAGUGGAGCACUGCUUCAGAUGGGUUAAAUGCAUCACAAGUGUGUGAUGAAUAAAGUCUUUCUUUUUGUACAUGACUUUUGCACUUGUUGUACAUCGCUCUGGAUAAAACCGUCUGCUAAAUGCCUGUAAUGUAACAUAAAAACUAAAAUCACACUUUUAUAA